GCGUCACACCAAUCAGAAUCGAGUAUUUCGGUCGGUCAUUUUGUUUACGUCACAUUUUGGGUUGGAUCAGGAAACGCGUCACACCAAUCAGAAUGCAGUAUCGGCCAUUUUGUUUACGUCAUAUCUAGGUUUCCCGCGUUUAUUUCUGGACCAGGAAACGCAUACUGCUGAUUAGGAUAUCCUGUUUACAACACCGGAUGCUGCUUCCUGUUGACGUGACCGGACGCUGCUUCCUGUUCCCGCCAUUUACGUUUCCUGCUGAUUAGAAUUUACCGGAUGCUGCUUCCUGUUGACGUGACCGGACGCUGCUUCCUGUUCCCGCCAUUUACGUUUCCUGCUGAUUAGAAUUUACCGGAUGCUGCUUCCUGCCGAUAACCGGAUGUUGCUUCCUGUUCCCGCCAUUUACGUGUAUUCGAUUCCGCAGCUCACAAUCUCUUUGAAAUACGGUUGGAAUCUUGAUCCAUAUUUUCAAUAAGUCAUUUACACUUAAACUUAACAAUUCGCUCUUCGUCUCAAUAUAAUUAGACUCCUUUUGAGCCUCUCGCCUAGCGAUGUUGCGCAAGAUUAUUAUAAAUGGGAGACGUAUUAACCUAUAACGAGGUGAUGGUGGGUCGCUGUAGAGGUGCAGGGUAGUAAAAGAAAUAUUUCAAAGGUUCAUCAAUAAUGGUUAACACCUUUAUUCAUAUUUCAAAUUAGGGUUAUGUAAUUAUUUGUAAAUUCGUUGUUGAGCCUACCGCUCCUAUACUAGAUAUAAAUACAACUUUAUUUGUUACGGUCAACUUGAGGAACUCCAGCCGAUUUUCUUCUGUGAGGUAUGUAUGGUAACGCUGCGGCAGUAUGCACUUGAAGGUCUCGGUUUCGACCAUAAUUCGAUCUCCAAACUUGGUGCCGAUUACGCCGAUAUCAGUAAUUGGGUAUUUAUUUCCGAUUUCCAGAUCUUUUGCAUUUAUGAAUGGCUUACAAUAGGUAGAUGAGUUCAAGGAGGCGAAAUCAAAUUCUUCCAUUAUUAUGAGCAGUAAAUAUCUGUAACAAAUAAAUAAGUGAAAAAAUGAAUAAUCUAACCGCUACUUAACAAAAUUAGUCAUUAAAAUCAUACUCACCAAAUAACGCCGCAAACUAGUUCGCACGAAUCACUGACUGAGACGUUAACUGCACUCGGCUUUUAUUUCAAUUUUCUAUCUAAUCAUAGCGGAUGCAGCAUCCUGGCAGUGUUUCUAGAAAUUUCUGAGCGGAAGCAGCAUCCCGUCUCUUAUCUACAUCGAAAUGUAUUUAAGCUGACGCAUUUCAAUUAAGUCAUUGCAUUUGUAUGUGUAUGUGUAUGUGAGCAGACUGUCUCAACUACUACUUCAAAGCAGAAAUCCUCUUUUAAGCAGCGAAAAUCAGGAAAAAUGGCUUAUAUUUUAGACAAUGUGAAUACAACGCUUGAAAUGAUUGCCCAUUUCUAUAAAAACUAUAAUCUUGGCUCUGCUAGCAAGGUUCCAAAAUUCAUCAACAUCAUCGAUGCUAAUCUUAGGCAAAUCCAAUCUUCGCUAGCAGAGCCGCUAACGGUUGGAGAUAAACGGCACCUUGCAGCUGUGGCUGGUAAAAUGGAACGCUACAAGGUGCUUAUUAACCAGUUGGGGAAGUCUAUUGCCGGCUCCUCCCUAGGUAGAAGACCGCUGGUGGAAUGGCGAGAUUUGGCUACCGCAUUUAAAUCGCGUGUGAGUACCGGUAUUAUUAUCAAUCUAGGACAUAAGACUUUAGGAUCAUUUUUUAACGAUAGCUGUAAGUUAUUUAUCACUAAGAUUAGAGACAUCUAUCCCAAAUAUAAUAGCCCGCUGAAAACAAAUUUUGAGUUUUGCGCGGAAUUUGUAAAGCCCUCGUUGAAUAAGAAUGAUGAAGCACUAGCAUGUAGGGAAUUUAGUUUUUUAACUAAGAAUUUUACUAUUUUAUCUAGCGAUUUAAGUGAAGCUAACUUGAAGCAAUUAUUUAAUAAUAACGCGGUGGAUUAUUUGAUGGAGCGCUUAAUGCAAUUUGAGGAACAGGACAGUGGGUGGGGGUUGUCCAAGAUAAUUUCGUUGACUGUGAACGUAAACAGUGUGACUUUAAUGCACGCCUCGUCUUUUAUAGAAUUACCUAAAGAAAUUCAAGUUAAAAAAGCGGUCAUCAAUGUUAAAAAUAAUGAUGAAGCGUGUUUUGGAUGGGCGUUGUCAUCAGCCCUCUUCCCCGCUACCCUCAACACCAAUCGUAUCUCUUCUUAUCCAUAUUAUGCGCAAAUCUUAAAUUUUGAUGGUAUUAGCUUCCCCAUGUCUUUAGACCAACUCCAAAAAUUUUUAAAACAAAAUCCAAAUUUAUCUAUCAAUAUUUACGGCCUUACUAGAAAAACGCAAUCCGAUUAUGUCACUGUUCCUAUUUAUCUUAACACCGAAAAGAAAGCGAAUCACGUUAAUUUACUCAUGAUCCAGCAGAAUUAUGAAAUUGAAAAGGAUAUUGAGAAUAAUGCUACCGCUCACAAUAGUGAGGAACCCGAUGAAGCGGUUCGAUUUCAUUUCUGCUGGAUCAAAGAUUUGUCGAGAUUGGUACGUUCACAGUUGACGAAGGGACAUGGAAAGCUGUAUAUUUGCGAUAGGUGUCUCCACUAUUUUAGCUCACCAGAUAAACUUAAUGCACAUGAGUUAGAUUGUAAGUUAGUUAAUAAGUGUAAAAUAAAUAUGCCAGAGCCCGGUUCACAUGUAUAUUUCAAGAACCAUGAAUUCAAACAGACCGCUCCUUUCAUCAUUUAUUGUGAUUUGGAAUGUUUGGUACAAGAUUUUCAGGAUGAUGAGACGCAAAACACCGUAAAGUAUAAGCAGCAUAACGUAUGUAGCAUUGCAUAUUAUUUGCAUUGCACCUUUGAUAAUUCAUUGUCGAGGUUCCGCCUGCAGAGGGGUGAGCAAUGUAUUAAUUGGUUUACCAGUGAACUUGAAGAAAUUUCAAACAAUUUACAACAAUAUUUCAUUAAUCCAGUGCAAAUGGAACCGUUAAAUGAUUUGCAAAUGUUGGGAUAUAAUGCAUCCACCUAUUGUCAUAUUUGUGAAGGACCCAUUUUACCGCCCCAGGUCAAAGUUCGCGAUCACUGCCACUUUACAGGUCGGUUUCGCGGUAGUGCCCAUCAGGCCUGCAAUUUACGUUAUAAAGUACCACAUAUGAUACCCAUAUUUUUUCAUAAUUUUAGUGGAUACGACAGUCAUUUUAUAAUUAAGGAUAUUGCUCAAGCUAUUCCUGGGAGAGUCACGCUGCUACCUAAGAAUAAGGAGCGUUACAUUUCAUUUACUAAGAAAAUGGAGAAUGCAGAUGUCGAAUUCAGAUUCGUAGAUUCGUAUCGCUUCAUGAGCGAAUCAUUAGAUAAUCUAGCGUCCUAUUUAAAGUUUGACGAUUUCAAAAUUUUGCGUAGCACGUUAAGCCAUUUAAAUGAUGAGCAGUUGAAACUUUUAACUAAAAAGGGCGUGUAUCCGUAUGAAUAUAUGGAUAGUUGGGAAAAAUUUAAUGAAACCAAUUUACCGGAAAAGAUACAAUUUUACAGCAAGUUGAGGCAGUCGCACAUUUCAGAUCAGGAAUAUUCGCAUGCUAGAAACGUUUGGCGAAAAUUUGACACUCAAAACUUGGGUCAAUAUAGCGAACUUUAUCUGAUGAGCGAUGUGCUUAUACUUGCAGAUGUAUUCACCAAUUUUAGAGAAAAGUGCAUAACAACGCAUAAACUCGAUCCAGCAUUCUUUUUCACAGCGCCCGGAUACACGUGGCAAUGCAUGCUGAAUUACACCAAAGUUAAACUCGAGCUGCUCACAGAUGUUGAUAUGAUGUUGUUUGUUGAAAAAGGUAUAAGGGGAGGCAUAACGCAAUGCUGUACGAAAUACAGCAAGGCCAAUAAUAAAUAUCUGAAUGGGAAGAAUUACGAUCCUACUAAACCCCCUACUCAUAUCAUGUAUAUGGAUAUGGUUAACUUGUAUGGGUGGGCUCAAAGCCAGUGUUUACCUUUAAAUAAUUUUAAGUGGCUUAGUGAGGCUAAAUUAAAGUCAUUAACUCCUGAAGCGAUAUUAAAUACACCUGAUGAUGCGGUCGAAGGUCUCAUUUUAGAGGUGGAUUUAUUGUAUCCCAGGCAAUUGCACGAUCAACAUAAAUCCAUUCCUUUCUGCGUUGAACACGACACUCCACCGGGCGCUAAAAAUAAGAAAUUGCUCGCAACCUUGCAUUCAAAAACUAGAUAUGUUAUUCACUAUAGAAAUUUAAAACAAUGUCUUCAAGCAGGUCUCAUCCUUGAAAGAGUUCACCGGGCUAUUAACUUUAAACAAUCUUGCUGGUUAAAACCAUAUAUAGACUUGAACGCAAGGUUACGAGCGCAAGCCACUAACGCUUUUGAAAAAAAUCUAUAUAAAUUAUUAAAUAAUGCAAAUUUCGGAAAAACGAUGGAGAAUGUGCGGAACCAUCGCAUUAUUAAGCUUGUUACCCGGUGGAGUGGUAGAUACGGAGCCAAUUAUUAUAUAUCCCAGCCCAAUUUCCAUAGCAGAGAGAUCUUCGAUGAUGAAUUAUUGGCUAUCGAGCUAUCCAAAACAGAAAUUCUAUUUAAUAAACCGCUAUAUGUUGGGAUGGCAAUAUUGGAAAUUUCGAAAACUAGAAUGUACGAUUUUCAUUAUAACUUUAUGCAUCAUCAGUUUAGCGACGACCGCUUGAAAUUGUUGUAUAUGGAUACCGAUAGCCUCGUGUACGAGAUGGUAUGUGAUGAUGCAUACGAAUUGAUACGUGCAAAUAUUUCACGAUUCGAUACGUCUGAUUAUCCUGAAAACAACAUCUAUAAUAUCCCUAGAUGUAAUGGAAAAGUGCUAGGAAUGAUGAAGGAUGAAUUGGGCGGUAGAAUCAUAACCGAUUGGGUGGCUUUGACAUCUAAAAUGUACAGUUAUAAAACUAUGGAUAGCGACAAUGAUGUAAUGAAAUUAAAAGGUAUUAGAGAUUAUAUUGUAAAAAAUAGACUAAGUUUCAAUGAUUAUUUAGAAUGUUUAAGGAGCGGGAUUACUAAAAGUGUCACCCAAAGCAGCAUCAUAUCAAAAAAUCAUCAUGUAUAUAGUAUGGAGCAGCAUAAAAUUGCUCUUAGUAACAACGAUAAUAAGAGGUAUUUGAUGCCAAAUGGUAUCGAUACGCUGCCUUGGGGACAUUAUAGUAUUCCCGCUGAAAUGGACUUAGGAUAA